AGAGUAAGAUCCUGUCUCUAAAAACAAAGCGAAACAAAAACACUAAAUAAUAAAAUAGGCAAGCAAAAGAAAGUAUAUGGAACAGCAUAAUAAACUCUCCAUCAAAUCAAAAUAACUUAAGAAACAUUUUAAAAGAAUGCAGAGUUUAGGUUAUUGUAUGAAUUUAAAAUAUUCUCACUAAUGUGACAUUUUGAUACAUUUAAAAUACUGUACAUUGCUAAACCUGCCUUACCUUACUUCUCUUUCCUCUUUUUUUCCUAAUGAAGCUACUGUCAAAUUCUACAGUUGUUCACUUUGAAAUAGAUCUAAUGUCCUAUUUUUCAGACCACUGAACCUAUAUAAUAUCCAUGAAGCCAGUAUAACUCUGCAGACAUCCUAGCUAUUCAGGCAAUGUUAUAAAGGCAUCAUCAUUGUUCAUUUGUCUGAUCUCUAUGUAUCUUGUCAUCUUUCCAGGGUAAGAUUGCCAAGGUCUUGGACUCUUCAUUUGGUGGAGUCUAAUUCUGUUCUCUUUACAAAGAGCUAGGGUUACACUCAGCAAAGGUUACCAUUUACGUGAGACAUGAAGCCUGCUAGCAUAACUCAUCACCAAAGUAAAACCCCUGGCUAUUUUUUCCCUCAAGGACAUCCCCAGUGCCACAUAAAAUCAAGAAAGAACACUUCAGGAUAGGCCACACGUAGGGCCUGCAUGUACUAUGAACCCACACUUUCAUUUUUAUAUUCUGGAGUGUGAUAUUUUCAGAACAGUCAAACAAAAGGGUUUUUUUCCUUUUGAAAAAUCUCCUUUUCUCUCCCCUAGAGGAAAAUACACGAGAAUCAAAUGUAAGAGACUACAGUGGCUUUAGCAAGAGAAGCCAAUAUUUAAGGGUGAGCUUUCUUUUAGAAAUUACUCCUUUUUGUGUUUGGCUUUGCUUUAUCAUUUACUCAAAUUAGUUCUGAAAGAUUUUUAAUAAAUAAAUAAUAUUUAAAAUUGUUUCAGUAAUUUCUAAGACUCAGCUUGUUAUCUUUCAAACCUCUGCAUUCUGAAGUGGCAGUCAAAGCCAGUGCCUUAAGUGCUGACUGCUUUUGCUUUAAGCACCAAUGUUCAUCUUUCUUUCUCUUAUCCUCUGAUGGAAAUUCAUCUACUCUGGUAAUUCUGAAAAUUGGAGAUUUUAAAGCAUGAUCAGACCUUGAGAUUAUUAAAAAAUGUUUUAAAAUAGCAAAUAUUAGACCUAGAAGAAACCUCAGGGACCAUCUCACUUCUAAUAUAACUGAGACCCCAAAGGUCUUGCCCAAAUCAUAACUAAUAAACGACAGCCCCAAAACAGAAUCUAGAUUUCCUUAAUCUUGAAUUAGUGCUCUCUUUCACCAUAUUACUUGAUCUUUCUGUAUUUUUAUCCAUUUCAGACACAGAUUAUAUAACUCAGCAAUAUACCCAAAGUAAGAUUCAGGGCACUUCUUUGUUCCAUUAGUAAUCACUGUCUUUUUUCAUUGGUUGGAAGAUCAGGGACAGGAAACAGGAAACUCCUGCUUGGCCUCCCCACCCCAUGGAUUAAAUGGUAGCAGGGGCUGCUGGGUGACUUGCCCAUGAAGCUUGACUGUUCAUGCUUAGAAGGAGGAGCAUCAUGAACAUUAAGAAGCCAGGUACAAAGACCCUUCUCUUUAUAAAGAUAGAAUUUUCUCUUUUUUGUUUUCAUUAGCUUAAGGAUAUAGAACAAUUUCAAGGUGGCAAAAGCCUGAAUUCCACACACCACCAAAACUAUUCUGCUAAUCUUUUCCAGCUAUUCCUUUGAGAUGUGCCAGAAGCUUAGAGGAUGUUUUAUCCUCUUGCACCAACUGACCUUACAUUUACUUAUAAGGUGCUCAGGGAAGUAAGGAAAAGUUUUAUCUCUGGGAUUGUGGUUGAAAUGUGCUACAGAAAUUUCAGAAAGAAAACCACUAGAGUUUCUCUGACCAUCAGCUCCCCAGCAAAUGAAACCUCCAACAACAGAUCAAGUUAUUCUACCUUAGUUCAACCACUGUAUAUUAAUACCUGGAGGCAUCUUCAAGACAUCUCUACAACCAGAGACCAGCCAGUCAUGUUUGAAUGCAGAAUCCAGGACACAGCCACAGUUCAAGUUCACUGGUACAGACAGAACGUGCAGAUAACCAACUCAGAUGACUUACGGAUUCUGAGGAAAAGUAUCAUGAUAAGCCUUUCAAUUGUUUUUAAUUCCAGUUAA